AUGUCUACUGAAAUAACCGUCGAGGAACCCUUGACUUCCAACGUCCGUCCUGCCACGGACGCUUUGAUAACCGUAAGAAUCAUCAAGUCUUUCCUCUACAGAAAUGUCAAAAACCACAUUGUGCAUUCCAUCAAUUUAAAGGAAACCACAGCCAGCCAGUUGUUGGACCUCGUAAAAUCCGCCAUCAAUACCAUGGGUGCCUACAGACCCUACAGAAACAUCGAGUACGACUCUCUCAAGAUAUACACCAAGGCUCAUGGCUCCAAGUCCAUGAACUUGGUCAUAAACUUUGAAAACGACCAGGGCUGGGUCCUCAUCUCUCCUCUGGUAACUGCUACCGAAACCUCGUUAUGGGACUUGGGCGUAGAGAACGAAACUGAGAUCAGUUUAUUUAACUGGAACGACUACGUAGCAUUCAAGGCUAAUCCAGAAGAAAAGUGGUGA